UUUCUAGUAACACGUCUCGUCCACGUGGUCGAACUGAAAAUUGAUAGAUCCGAAUUAAUCUAACUAUUUAGCGACCGUUUGUAAAAGUAUCGUGUGUUUAUGACCUGGAUUGAAAAUGUACACAAAGUUGGUACAGAAUCGUUAACGAGACUCGUUCUGAAAGGCAUGUAGAAUACAGAUGAGGUUAGUUUAAUCGCUUUCUAAGGUUUCAUACUCCUCACUACUCAGUUUGCCGGAUUCGAUGUUAUGGGACGUUAUUCUCGUACACGUGAAUUUAUAAGGACUUUUAAUCGUCACUUACAGGAACUGUCAACCGAAUGGCAAUGUUUACAUCCAGAAGGUUGCUCAAAGCCGUUGCUAUUGGAACAGUUGGGCUGGGUACCUUGGCAUCUCUCAGAGUAAAUGAGUAUGACAUCGGUGCCAUUGGUAUUGUACGCUUAGGCCGUGCCGCACUGACAGUGCUUGACAUAGGCCGUUAUUAUAAGAGAGAAUUAUUUGACAGUAAAUUGGAUAAAAUGUCACCAGAGUACUUGCAGCUGAAAUCAAAUGCUCACAAGUACGGGGCGCAGAAGCUCCUAGAGCUUUGUUGCGCCAAUAAAGGGGUAUACAUCAAGGUAGGUCAGCAUAUAGGUGCGCUGGAUUAUCUGUUGCCCCAAGAAUAUGUACACACCAUGCGCGUACUGCAUAGUGCGGCACCUCAGUCCUCGUUCAAUGACGUACUUACCGUUAUUAAAGAGGAUUUUAAGAGGUCUCCGUAUGAGAUAUUUCAGAGCAUCGACCCCGAACCUCUGGGCACUGCCAGUCUCGCACAGGUACACAGAGCUGUGCUAAAAAACGGCGACGUGGUAGCCGUGAAGGUACAGCAUCGAGCAGUUAAGAGCAACUCCUAUAUUGACAUUAAGACUAUGUCAACUUUGGUGAGCAUUACGUCACUGAUAUUUCCGGAUUUCAAGUUCGACUGGCUAGUCAAAGAGACAAAGAGGAACAUCCCUCAGGAGUUGAACUUUACUCUGCCAAAAAUAUACUGGGACUUGUCGUCAUCCCGCGUGCUUACAAUGGAGUUCCUGGAGGGCGGACAGGUUAAUGACCUGGAGUACAUGCGUAUCCAUCAGCUGAAUCCAUAUGAGAUCACCAGCAAGCUCGGUCGUCUGUAUAGCCACAUGAUCUUCAUUGAAGGUUUCGUUCACUCGGACCCGCAUCCCGGUAACAUCCUGGUGCGCAAUCGCGACUCCCAGGCGGAAAUCGUUCUGCUGGAUCACGGCCUCUACGCCGAUCUGUCCGAUCAGUUCCGCUGGAACUAUUCAAAGCUCUGGCUGGCGAUCCUCGACGGCGAUCGGGUAGCUAUGAAGAAAUACUGCAGUCAUCUCGGCGUCGAAAAUUAUUACGGUCUGCUGUCGGUCAUGGUGUCUGGCAGGACUUGGGAAACGAUUAUGUCAGGCGUGCGUAAAACUCGCUACAACAUCCACGAGAAGGAGAUGUUUCAGCAGAAUGUCCCAAACUUGCUGCCGCAAAUCAGCGACGUGCUGGACCGUGUCAACCGGCAAAUGCUGCUGAUUCUUAAAACCAACGAUCUUAUGCGCUGUAUCGAGUAUUCGCUGCACACUCAAUCCAGGAUGACGGCCAUGAUGGAAAUGUCCAAGUGUUGCGUGCGUUCUGUAUACGGCGAGAAGCUUCGGCAAUGCUCGAGUGCAUGGGAUAAGUGCUGGGUGUCGUUAGCGGAACGGUGGAUGCUUCUUAAAUUAUCGUUCUAUUAUAUGUAUCUGGGCCUGAUACACUUCGACUUAAACAACUCGGUCAAUUCUCUCUGGACGAAGGACUUUUAUCCUUUUUAACAAAAGCUUGUCUUU